CAGUUCAGGGAGGCCUGGCAACUGAACACAAAAAAUGGCAGGAUAUUCGUACUUGUUCAAGUACAUUAUUAUUGGCGAUACUGGCGUGGGCAAAUCAUGCCUGCUGUUGCAGUUCACAGACAAGCGUUUCCAACCCGUCCACGACUUGACGAUUGGUGUCGAGUUUGGCGCUCGUAUGAUUACGAUCGACAACAAGCAGCUCAAGCUUCAGAUCUGGGACACGGCCGGCCAAGAGUCGUUCCGAUCGAUCACGCGGUCGUAUUACCGCGGAGCGGCGGGCGCACUUCUCGUCUACGACAUUACAAGACGAGACACAUUCCUGCAUUUGACAAACUGGCUCAGCGAUGCGAGGCAACACUCCAACACCAACAUGGUCAUCAUGCUUAUUGGCAACAAGAGCGAUUUGGAUGCCCGCCGCCAGGUCUCGUAUGAGGAGGGCGAGCAAUUCGCCGCCGAGCACGGCUUGAUUUUCAUGGAGACUUCGGCCAAGACCGCAGCAAAUGUGGAGGACGCUUUUAUUGGCACCGCAAAGCAAAUCUACCAAAAAAUCCAGCAGGGCAUUUUCGAUCUGUCAAACGAGGCGAACGGCAUCAAAGUCGGCCCCCAGCACGCUGGCAGCGGAGUCGUCCCUGUCGGCCGUGGCGAGACUGGAGGCGACGGUGGCAAUCCUAAUGCUGGCGGCGGCUGCUGCUAGAAACUCUGAGACUCUGUCGCUUCUGGGUGCUCUUCCUGGGGGUUUUAAAAGUCAUGACGCUAGUCCUCCCCUAUUUCCGCAGUUCUGCAAUUUCUGCUGCAGUUUUUGUUUAAAAUGAAUCCCCCAUCCCUGUUGGCCAAACGAUUCGUUCGAUGAUUGUGUCGAUUGUGCUGGUUUGAUUGAUAUUUUGUGUUUGUGUGCUUGUGUUUUUUUUUUGCAUUGAUGAAUACUGUACUACUUUCUCGCA